UCUGCCGCACCUACCGGGCGACCCUCGAGUCCCGGCCCCUUUUUUGCCGCUCCAUCGCCCUCCCGCCCUCCUCGGCGGUGGAGCUGCGGACGCGCUGAUUGGCUCUGGGGGAAGCGGGAGGCGAGAACAAUGGCCCCCUCCCCCCGUUAAAAGGGAGCGGCGCCCAGGCCCGGGGACAGGGACGCGCGUGCGGAGCGCAGAGCUGGGCCAGCAGCCGAGGGCAUCGCGCGAGUCCCGAAGUCGCCGCGUGCAGGCGAUGGGCUGGGGGCACUGAGGCACGCCGGGGCCGAGCACGGAGGUGGGACCCAACCAGUGCUUCGCCCUUUGCACCGCGCCAACAUGCCCCGCGGGUUCCUGGUGAAGCGCAGCAAGAAGUCCACGCCCGUGUCCUACCGGGUCCGCGGCGGCGAGGACAGUGACCGAGGGCUGCUGCUGUCACCCGGCUGCGGGGGCGCCCGCGCCGAGCCCCCGGUGCCCAGCCCCGGGCCGCUGCCGCCACCUCCGCCGCAGGCGCUCGCGGAGCGCGCCCAUGCUGCGCUCGCCGCCGCGCUCGCCUGCGCGCCAGGCCCACCGCCACCACCCCCGCCGGGCCCACGGGCCGCGCACUUCGGCAACCCCGAGGCUGCGCACCCCGCGCCUCUCUACAGUCCCACGCGGCCGGUGAGCCGCGAGCACGAGAAGCACAAGUACUUCGAGCGCAGCUUCAACCUGGGCUCGCCGGUGUCUGCCGAGUCCUUCCCCACGCCCGCCGCGCUGCUCGCAGGGGGAGGCGGCGGCGCCCACGGCGCUGGCGGCGGGGGCAGCGGCGGCGGCGGCACCUGCGGCGGAGACGCGCUGCUCUUCGCUCCCGCCGAGCUCAAGAUGGGCACUGCGUUCUCCGCCGGCGCCGAGGCGGCCCGGGGUCCCGGGCCCGGUCCUCCACUGUCCCCUGCCGCGGCCCUGCGGCCCCCGGGCAAGCGACCCGCGCCCCCCGCCGCUGUCGCUGCAGAGCCGCCCGCCAAGGCAGCCAAGGCCCCGAGCGCCAAAAAGCCGAAGGCCAUCCGCAAACUGCACUUCGAGGACGAGGUGACCACGUCGCCGGUGCUGGGGCUCAAGAUCAAGGAGGGUCCGGUGGAGGCGCCGCGGGGCCGCGCGGGGGGCGCGACCCGACCCCUGGGCGAGUUCAUCUGCCAGCUCUGCAAGGAGGAGUACGCCGACCCGUUCGCGCUGGCGCAGCACAAGUGCUCGCGCAUCGUGCGCGUGGAGUACCGCUGCCCCGAGUGCGCCAAGGUCUUCAGCUGCCCGGCCAACCUGGCCUCGCACCGCCGCUGGCACAAACCGCGGCCGGUGCCCGCGGCGGCUCGCGCGCCGCCGGAGCCAGAAGCCGCCACCAGGGCGGAGGCGCGCGAGGCUGCGGGCGGCGGAGGCGGCAGCGAUCGGGACACGCCGAGCCCUGGCGGCGUAUCCGAGUCGGGCUCCGAGGACGGGCUCUACGAGUGCCACCACUGCGCCAAGAAGUUCCGCCGUCAGGCCUAUCUGCGCAAGCACCUGCUGGCACAUCACCAGGCGCUGCAGGCCAAAGGCGCGCCCCCGCCGCCGCCGCCCCCCGCCGAGGACAUCCUGGCUUUCUACGCGGGGCCCGACGAAAAGGCGCCCCAGGAGGCCUCGGGCGACAGCGAGGCGGCCGGCGUGCUGGGCCUGAGUGCGGCCGCCGAGUGCCACCUGUGCCCAGUGUGCGGGGAGACCUUCCCCAGCAAGGGCGCCCAGGAGCGCCACCUGCGCCUGCUGCACGCUGCCCAGGUGUUCCCCUGCAAGUACUGCCCGGCCACCUUCUACAGCUCCCCGGGCCUGACGCGGCACAUCAACAAGUGCCACCCGUCUGAGAAUAGACAGGUGAUCCUCCUUCAGGUGCCUGUGCGUCCGGCCUGCUAAAGUGCGCCCUCGGUCCGGGGCCCCCAGAACUGUGCCUUCACUUGGAGACCCACAAAGAGAGCGCGCCCCCCAUGCCUGAUCUGGGGGCCCCUACCCCCCAUUCCGGGGUGAAAGUCUUCGCUUCUCUCGGUGUGGCGUGACGGUAACCCUGGUCUUCUCGCUGUGACUCCUUUGGACCCCAUCCCCUUUGCGUUGUGUCCCCCCUCCCUCAUGGCGCAACAGGAGUCCGUCUCUUUCUGUACAGGGGAGGAAAAAAAAUGCUGUAUACGUUUGUCUCGUGGUUGGACGCCUCCCUUUGAGGGGCAAAGCUGUUUUUCUUGCUAGUAUUCGCUGUGUUCAUGGUCUAGAAAAUGCGGUUUGCUCUGCCUACCAAUCUCUGCUCUCAAUGUCUGUAGCGUACGGGUUGUUUUGGGUGAAUCUUGAGGAAUAAAUGCCUUUAUAUUUCACAGGCUGUAAAUUGAACUUCCCACACGAUUAGCUUUAUUAUGGCUUGUGAACUGCUGGAGUCUGGCUUUACCUUUUUGUAUGUGAACAAAUCAAAUUGCUUAAAAAAGAGUUUUCUUUAGUAUAGCCACAAAUGCCUUGACCUGUUGUCUGUUGGGGACUGUUUUUUGGGGGUGGGAGGAGUUUUAACGAGAUGCUGUAGUAACUGCCUCAGUAUUUCAUGAAGACUUUUGAUUUGAUCAUCUUUGUUGAGGUAGGACUAUUGAGUUCCUUUUACAUGUAAAUGUUGAUUUAUGCGCAACUGUUAUUUAUUUAUUUAUUUAUAUUAAUUAUGAAGAUUAUGAUAUUAUUUGAUUGCAGAUUCUUCUCCUUUUUUUUUUUUUUUUUUUUUUUUUUUUUUUUUUUUUUUUUUUGUGAGCUUUCCCCCUGCCACUUUUGACAUUUCACUGUGCAUUUUAGGAAAGAACCGUUUUUCUAGAGGGGUCUGCUGAAAGUUUUAACUUUUCUCUCUAUCGAGGGAAUUACAGACAACGUACCAUUUUAUUCUGCUUGAGGGGCCCCAAGGCCCUUGUACAACCGACAGCUCUUACUUUUAAAUGCAAUCUCUUUUCUACAUACAUUAUUUUCUUAAUUGUUAGCUAUUUAUAGAAAGCUUCGAUAGAACUGUUUCAACUGUAUAAAUAUUUACUAUUCAAAUAAAAUAUUUUCAAAGUCAAAA